AUGGUUCCUCCCCCACCCAUUAACAAGCCCCAUGUCUGCCUAUCUACUACACUCAUCAUGAGCAGCAUGGUAUUGAUGGACGCCUACCUGGUGGAACAGAACCAAGGCUCCAGAAAAUUGGGCAUUUGCAUCAUGGUCUCCGUCGGGGACAUCUGCUUCCUGGUGGUGCUCAGGUACGUGGCGGUUUGGGUCGGGGCCGAGGUGAGGACUGCCAAGAGAGGCUACGCCAUGAUCCUUUGGUUCCUCUACGUCUUCGUGCUGGAGAUCAAAGUCUACUUCAUCUAUCAGAACUACAAGGCCGACCGCAAAAGCUUGGACCUCAUGGCCCGCAAAGCAUUGACCCUGCUGCUGUCUAUCUGCAUCCCAGCCCUCUAUGUGCUGCUGGUGGCUACAGAGCACAUGGAGUACGUCAGGACGUUCAAGAAGAAGGAGGACCUCCGCAACCGCCUCUUCUGGGUCAUUGUCGACAUGUUGGAUGUGCUGGACAUCCAGGCCAACCUCUGGGAGCCCCAGAAGAAAGGGCUGCCCAUCUGGGUAGAAGGGCUGAUGUUCUUCUACUGCUACAUCUUGCUCUUGGUCCUCCCUUGCGUCUCGCUGUGUGAAAUCAGCAUGCAAGGGAUCAGCAUCGUGCCCCACCGCAUGAUGCUCUAUCCAAUGCUGAGCAUGCUCACCAUCAACAUCACCACCAUCUUCAUCAGGGGGAGUAACAUGGUGUUCUUCAGGGACAUCCGCGUCUCCGGCAUCUUCAUGGGGAAGAACGUGCUGGCCAUCGUCCUCAAGAUCUGCAUGUUCGUGCAGUACAGGAAGCAUCUGCACCACGCGCCGGCAGGAUCGGGCACCGCGGACCCUCAACACAACGCCGCGUCCCAGGUGCAGCCGGUCAUGCAUCUCCUGAAGCCCCAGAACCAGACUCCCUGCCCUGAGGGGCUGGCCCAGGAGAACACAUGACACGGCGCGCGUCCACAUGCUGGGUGACAAGCAACACCUUCUGUCCGUGAUCUUUAGGUUCAAAGGCAAAGAGGAACACAAUCCACUGAGCCCCACAUGGCCAGUGGUGGCCCUUCCGGGACGUUUGUGAGCGACUCCUUCCCUCCCUCCCCCCCCCCCCCCCGCACAGACACGCCCGUGCCCUGGGAUUGCCCUGGGCUGAGAUCAGAUUGCUUUGAGAGCGACCCAGCCUUGAUGCCAAGGUGCAAACUAGCAGGCCGUAGAGACCGAUGAAUGGGUCUCCGGGAGGGUAGCAGCCGCAGGAUCAAUAUACUGCUUGACGGAGAGCAGGUAGUGGCAAAUGAGCCGCUCCCCCCUUUGCCUCUCAUGUAGCCCGUCAUUUCGGUAAAAUGGAAGAUGUCUCGGAAUGUAACCUAUUUUGUCGCCUGGGGUAGAUGUGGGAAUAUCGGGAAAGCUCCUGUUGGAUACGCCAUUUUACUGUUUUCAUGACCUUCCUUUCUGGGAUGGUUGAAAGGCUGCUGCCGGCCCUCUAUCCUGGGGAGUGCCUGGGAUGAAGAUGUACAGCAUCCUACCCCAACCUGGAACCCACCAGACAUUUUGGAUGACUACUCCCAGUGUUCUU